AUGGCAAAUGAUAAAGAAGUAAAAUCAAAAAAGGUAGUCGAAGACACCAAAACUAAAAAGAAUAAGGUAGUGAAGAACGAUGAAGAUGAGAGCGAUAAGAUGUCGGUAGAUGAUGAAUCCACUCACAGUGAAUCGUCUGACACCGACAAGAAAUCAUCAUCAAGAAAGAAAGAAAAGAAAAACAAAGACAAAAAGAAGGAAAAGAAGAGUAGCAAGAAGAGUAAGAAAGAAGAGAGUAGCGAAGAAGAGGAAGAGGAAGAAGAAAAGCAAGACAAACAAGAAAAGAAAAAGAAGAGCAAAAAGAAUAAAGAAAAGAAGAGUAAAAAGACAUCCGACAGUGACGAUGACGAUGAAGAAGAACAACAAGAGAAUAGCAGUAGCGAAAAGAGUGAUGUAGACAGUGACAGCAGUGAGCAACAAGGGAAGAAGUCGUCGUCAAAGAAGAAAAAGAGAGAUGCCGCCAACGAAGAAAAUGAAAAGAAAAAGAAAAAAUCGAAAUCUACAGCAACAACAACAACCACCACAACAACUACUACAUCAUCAUCAUCAUCAAACAAACAAACUGAACAACAAAGUAACACAAUAUGGAAAUCUUUGGCCAAGGAUAUGAAAGCAGAUUUCUGUCCAGAGUGUAACUCGCUAUUGCAAUAUCUCGAGCCAUUCGGAAAGCAAAUUAAAUGCACAACAUGUAAAUUCCGUGCUGACAAGUCAAUUUUGGGUAAAAAGAUUAUUACAUCAAAGAGCACAUUAUUUAUUAAACCACAAAAGGUUGAAGAUGAAGAGGAAGAUCGUGGUGCCGAAAUCGAUGAGUUGUGUCCAUCCUGCGGACAUACAAAGAUGUACUUUAAGACUGCUCAAACAAGAUCUGCAGAUGAAGGUCAAACCAUUUUCUAUGAAUGUCAAAAGUGUUCUCAUAAAUUCUCAACCAACACAUAA